AUGACAGACUCCACUAUGUCGGACACAGCAACAGCCAUUACAUCGGACACAACAACAAACAUUACAUUGGACACAGCAACAGCCACUACAUCGGACACAACAACAAACAUUACAUCGGACACAGCAACAGCCACUACAUCGGACACAACAACAACCACUACAUCGGCUACAACAACAACAACUACGUCGGCAACAACAACUACCACUACAUCGGCUACAACAACAACUACUACAUCGGCAACAACAACAACCACUACAUCGGCUACAACAACAACAACUACGUCGGCAACAACAACUACGUCGGCAACAACAACUACGUCGGCAACAACAACUACCACUACUUCCACAACUGCUAAGAGUCAAGGACAACAGUUGGCCUUCACCCCUAUUAUAGUUCUUGGUGGUGUAUUUGCACGUCUCGUUACUCUUAUAGAACGAUGA